CGUCACCUCACUUUCAUGUGAGAACGCUAUGCUAAUUCCCACUUGCCGCCUUUCCACCCAACGUUUUGCGUCUUCCAUCCCUGAAACACGCCGCCAUCUGGUAUUUGUCACCACACACUCAUGGGGGGCUCUAUGGAGGAGAGAUUUCGGAGGAUUUCAGAUGGAUGACGCAUACAUUUUGUUCCAUUAUUGUAUUCGCUCAACCGGUGAGUUCCAGACAUUCCUUGUACUUUGCAAUGUGUAUUCUAUAGUCAAUACCACCCCAAUCUCCUC